GGUAUGCACAUUGCGCACCACCCUUGAGUUCCAGUCCGAAGUCCAAACAAUUACAAAGAACACACACAACACUCUCUCUGCAUCCCCAAUCUUCUUCACUUUCUCUCCCUUUGUCAACUGGUUAAAUAGCCCCCUUCAAUCCACUUCCAAGGUUAAACCCAUCUGUCCACUCUCCCACCCCAAAACCCAAGCUUCAACCAUAAAAUAUAACACUUUUUUUCCCAUCUUUUCUUUUGAAGAACCCAAAAUUUGGAUCCAAAUCCCAAAUUCAAAAGUCUCCCCAUUUUUCAUGAAUACGGGUCCUUCAAUAUGGAUCCUCCAUUGAUCAAUGAGUCAUCUUUUUCAGCAGCCAAUCCUUCAUCUUACAGCCUUGCUGAGAUUUGGCCUUUCCCAAUAAACCCACGCUCUGACCCAAAUGUUGCAACUGCAGGGAGAUUGGGCGUCCGAAUGGGCAAUUUGGGCGGGUUUGGGGAGAGUUCGGGUCACAGAGAUGGGUCCAUGGAGGAAUCUACUGUGACUGAGCAGAGUGUUGGAUGUGGAGGUCGGAGAAAAAGGAAGGAUUUGAGCUCUGAAGAUGAGUCUUCCAAGAUUGUUUCUACUACCAGUGCAAAUGAAUUGAAUGAUUCAAAUGGAAAACGGAUGAAAUCGUCAUCGACAAAGAAUGAAAAUGCAGAUUCUAAAGCUGAGCUGGAAGCAAGUUCUGCAGCUGGUAGCAAGCCAGAACAGUAUAGUAAACCUGCUGAACCGCCUAAGCAAGACUAUAUUCAUGUCAGAGCUAGAAGGGGUCAAGCCACAGAUAGUCAUAGUCUGGCUGAGAGAGCCAGGAGAGAGAAGAUUAGCGAAAGGAUGAAGAUUCUUCAAGAUUUGGUACCUGGAUGUAAUAAGGUCAUUGGAAAAGCACUCGUCCUUGAUGAGAUAAUUAAUUAUAUCCAGUCGCUGCAGCGGCAGGUUGAGUUCCUGUCAAUGAAGCUAGAAGCAGUUAAUUCAAGGAUGAACAUGAGUCCUAGCAUCGAAGGCUUUCAUUCGAAGGAUCUUGGUUCACAACCAUUUGAUGCUGCUGGAAUGAUAUUUGGCUCACAAGCGGCAAGGGAAUAUGCUCAAGGAUCAGAACCUGAGUGGCUGCAGAUGCAUGUUGGUGGAAAUUUUGAAAGGGCAACUUAACUUGGAGAAACCUUGUCAGCAUUCAAAGCAGCGAGAGUAAUCUGUUUGUUGUCUUUAGAUCAAAAAAGAUGAUUGGUUACAUCUGUUGCAGAAAUGUGUUUGGUAAAUGUCGUCUUGUUCUUAAAUUUGUAAUAUCAUAUCUUGUAGAAAAUGCAUAAAAUCUUUUAUAUGUUUCAUCUGACUAGAUACAGACAGAAAACGCCAAAUUGUAUCAGUUCCUAAACAAAAAUCUUCUGGAGUGCAUUCCGUUUCUAAGGGUUGUGCUGUCUUGAAUACAUCUUUCAAGAGAUCCUAUUCUGAUGCUGCUAGGGAUGUUGCCGAUUCCUUACUGAA